AUGUCUUCAGAUGCGAUCUCAAAGAGUCGUGUUUCCUCAGAAUUUUCAAACGCGAUCCAAAACGAAAUCAAAAGACUAUCAGGAACCCACUGCUGGGUAUGCCAAUGCAUGGAUCCACAAAUUGCUUAUGUCGUCGGAAAGAAAGAUUGCCAGAAUAGGAGUAACAUGAAUGAACAGGUUGCUCUUUGGGAAAGCGCUGGUCUGAUAACCUUUAGCCUCAAGUCUGUAUCAAAAGAAAUCCCGCUAUGCCGGUCGUGUCAUGGAAACUUCGACGAAGACCACGACCGGGGACUCAUCAUAAUCCCUACAGAUCUCGAUUUUUUAAUCGAAUUUGAGCUUCAAGAUCAACAGCGCCGUAUCGCAGAAGUUGGAUCACGUCGUCAGGUCCCUUCCAGUACUGAUUAUAAAAACAAUGGCGGCCUCUAUAGGCCUAUAUUUCUGAAAGAAUUCCAUGGCCCUGCUUUUCUCCACGCCGCCAUCGAUUACCCAAGGGUCUGGCAUGGGCCUCCUGUGGCCAUGCUCCGACGAGCCAUGAUCGCUCUGGGCAGUAGGCGGAUCGCAAUUCUCGAUGAAGCCACCGUCAGUAGGCUCUCUACACUGAGAGAUCUUUACUUUCGAGAAAAAAACAAUCAACGGUUCCAACAAGUCACACCCAGGCCUUCUAUGAAGAGUGGGUUUUAG